GCAUGAGCACAUCAAGAAACGAUAACCACUCUUUUCAGAAUAGUAAAUCACAAAAAUAAUAAUCAAAAUCAGGGUUUCUCAAAUUUCCCCUUUGUGAAAUCUCGAUUCUUCAACACGGUUUCACCCUCGCUUAAUUUCUCGAAAAUUUUAAUCGAUUCUUAAUUUCACAAAACAUCGAUUUAGGGUUUUGAAUCGGAUUCGGUUUCGAAUUCGCCGCCGAUCGAGAGUUUCUGAUCGGUGAUAAUUUUGUUUGUUUGUUUGUUUUCGUGACUGAUUUCGUUUAAAUUUCAAGAGAUUGUUGUUGUUAGUUUGUUUGUAGUUAGGGUUUGUUUGUGUUUGGUUUGUUACGUUUACGAUGAACGAUCAAUCGAAGAUGAUGAUGAAUUUGAACCAGAUGAAUCAGUCUCAGAUGAUGAAGAUGAAUCCGCCUCAGCCUCAGUCUCAGAUGAUGAAGAUGAAGAUGAAUCCGCCUCAGAUUAUUAAUCAGUCUCAGGAACAGUUUCUGAUGAACCAUAAUCAAGGAAUGAAUCAGCAGCAGAUGAUGAAUCCGAAUCUUCCUCCGAUGAUGAAUCGUGGAGGAUAUAAGGUUUGGUCUCAACAGCUUCCUUUGGAUCCUAACAUGAAGUUUCAGAACCCUAAUUUGAAACCUAAUUUCGCGAAACCGGGGCGAAGUAAUAAUAAUAAUAACAACUGGAAGGGGAAGAAGGUUGGUGGUGAUAAGAGGAAAGAUAUUAGGAGAAUGGAAAAUUCGAGUGGAAUUUCCAACAACAGUGUUGGUUACCAACCACCUACUCUUCAGGAGUUGCAGUCUCAGAAUCGUUUGAAAGCGCGGAAGUUCUAUCCUAAGAAGAAGUUUAAUGCUAGAUUUGCUCCUUUUGCGCCGAGGAAUACCACUUCGUAUAUUAUUCGUGCUAAGAAAUCUGGUGGGAUUGCAUCGCUUGUGUCGCCUUGUCCUGUGACUCCGGCUGUGCUUCCUACGCCGAUAUUGUCUCCGUCGAGGGAGAUGUUGGGAGAUAUGGCAAAGGAAGAGUGGGGUGUUGAUGGGUAUGGGUCGAUGAAGGGUUUGAUUAGGCUUCGGGAUGUUCAUGAUGAUGAGGAUGAAGAUGGUGGUGAUGGGUCGAGUGAGAGUGAUGUGGAGGAACAUGUGGAGGUUGAGAGGAGGCUGGACCAUGAUUUGAGCCGGUUUGAGAUGAUAUACCCGAAUUACGGAGGUGGGGAUUAUAAUAAUGUGUUAGAAAAUAGGGUUGAUGAUCAGGAUUCUCAUAUUGCACAGUUGGAGGAAGAGAAUUUGACUUUGAGGGAGAGACUUUUCCUAAUGGAGAGGGAGUUGGGUGAUUUGCGAAGGAGGAUGCUGUUUCUCGAGAGGCAGAGUCAGAACCAGGUUGUGGAAGAUGUCAAUGAGGAAGUAGUGGAGAAUGGGUCUGAUAAUGAAAGUGACGGGGGAUCUGAUGUGCCUGUUAUGGGAAUUGAGAACAACGCUGAAAUGGUUGAUUCAAUGAUGGAAAGUGAGAGAAAUGAAAACAUUGAGGCCAAUGCUGCUGUUAAGUUAGAAAACGACGGAGUAUCAGAAGCUGAUGGUGUAGAGGAUGUUUUUAUGGAAGAGUCUGUUCCGAGUGAGGUGGUUUCAAAUCAGGAUGAGUUCAAAGGUAAUGAAAUGGGAGGUGGCUUUGUGUUUGAUGAAGUUAAGGGAGAGAAGGAAGAGCUUAAGGUUGAAUUAGCCACACAACAGUGUGUACCAGAUGAAACUUUUGCCAAAGAAAACGAUUAUAAAGAGAGUGGCGAGAAUGAAAUGGUUGAUAGAAGUGAUGAAUCGAAAACCCAAGAAGCAACAAAUGAAAGUGCAAAUUACUUAGCGAGUGAGAGGGAUGAAUGCAAGAAUUCGAUAGUUGGGACAAGUUAAGGGACUGCUGGAGAUGAUGAUUUAUCUGUUGCUCAGUAGCUGAAGCCGUUCCUCAAGUAGGGUUUUGAGGGGAAGGCUAGUGAACAAAAUGCUACUGCAGUUUAAUGCAUAAAUUGUUGGUAUUUGCAGACCCGUAGAUUAGUAGUUUACUUUUGUUCUGUCUAUUUUUUGUUUCAUAACUGUAUGGGUUUGGUAAAAUGAAAGAUUAGGAGAAAGGGUGUUCUUCACAGUCAUAUCUGUUGGUUUGAAAGAUGCGACUGUUGCUGAGUUUCGUUCUUUUGUCUUUCUUUACUUAUCCCUUAGGGCUGAAGUUUGGUUGGGUAGGUCUAUGUAGAGAAUAGUAGGAGAGGUCCCUAAAUUUGCAGGUUCUUUUGUGUAGGUAGGGGGAUUAAAAUGUACUAUGUCAAAAUAUUCUACUCAGUGGCAUGUAAUGGACCUGCGAAAUUAUAAAGAGAACUGAACUAACGAUUGCCAUGUACUGUUUUCCUCAAAUUUCAGAUGAUUUUGUGAA